UCCAAGCCUUUGAGGUAUGGACAUUCUCGUAGGUUGCUUACGUCUCUAUCUGGCCAUCCAGCACCGGGAGAUGCACUGCCUCUCGCAAGACAAGCCAGCUUCGAGGUUUCUUCUUAAUACGAAACGGUCUUCUCAGCUCGGUGCCAAGCCUUACCAGACUCCAGCGUCAGCCUCCUGGUCGUGCCUCGGCGCCGGGACGUUGUUGUUGUCUUCUUGCGAGACACGACUCACGAGAAUCUGGACGUAUUCUACCUUAGCUUACGGACUGCUCAGCUUAUGCACCGCACCGAUGAAGAUAAAGUUGCGAUACGUGCGCAAUCGCGACAGACCAACUCCUUUGACACCAAGAUCGGGCCGAUCUAAUUACACCACCACUUUGCCACCUACACUUCUACAUUUCCAUACAUGAUUUCUGCAUAGCAUUACGAUUUGUGUUCACGUCAUCGUAUACCGAUACAUCUUCUGUAGGACACAUAUAAAGCAGACGCCACAAGAGCUUUCUUUGCUUCGGUCCUGAGGUCAUUCAGGCAUAUCUGUAUCAAAAUCAUAAUAGUGCGUUCGCAACGACCUCUUAUAUAAAAUAGGGUAUCAAGAGAGCAGGCACCAUCCC